UAAGCAUUAUCAAACUGUAAAACAUAAACUAAUUUGAUAAACAAGAUAUCUCAAGUCAAAGAUAUGAUGGCAUCAAAAACAACAUUGCUCAUUUUGUUCGCUCUCUUCCUUUCCUACAUAUUGUUGGUGAGCGUUCCUGGAGUUGAAGCGCAGUUGAUAGUUCCAUGCAAGACAUCACCAGCUGAAUGUAAAUCGAUGCGAUGUUCGAACGGAAGCGCGCAGUGUGUGAACAGGCAAUGCCAUUGUGCGAGCGUCAAAUGGGUUUACCCGAUGACAACAAAUACUCCUGUGUCAUGCAAGACAAUCUUUGAUUGUGCUGCUUCUCAUCAAUGCCCAGACAAUGUAUAUGCUUGCAUUGAAGGAAAAUGUAUUUGUUUGCCUUUAUUUUAAUUUUGUAACUUAAUUUGUCAUGAGCUAAAUUCAUUAAUAAUUAAUAAA